AUGGAUUUCUCUUCUGUUUUCCAAGCUUUAGUCUUCGUGUCUCUCUUAGGAUUUUUAGUUGACCAUCUUUCUAAAAAGUUCAACACUAACAGUGUCCCUAAACCAUCAGGGGCACUGCCAAUCAUAGGUCACCUCCAUCUUUUCAGUGGUCAUGUCCCAGUAGCUCGAAUCCUUGCAGCCAUGGCGGACAAGCACGGUCCAAUAUUCUCACUCCGGAUCGGCCAACACCAAGUCAUGGUGCUGAGUAGUUGGGAACUUGUUAAGGACUGCUUCACCACCAACGACAGAGCUUUCGCUAACAGACCAAGCAGCUUAGCAGUAGGGAAGCACAUAGGCUACGACAAUGCUUCUUUUGCACUUUCCCCUUACGGCCAAUACUGGCGUGAAAUUCGAAAGUUCGUAGAUCUUCACCUUCUCUCGUCCCAUAAGGUAACAUCGCUACAACACGUCCGAGUCUCUGAGGUUGACUCGUUUAUCAAGAGUUUGUUCUGUUUUCCAACUCAAGAUCAUGGUCACCUGGUGCCUCUCAGUGAGUAUUUCGAGCAGUUUUCUUUGAAUCUAACCAUUAAGCUGAUAGCCGGAAAGCACUUUUCUGCUAGUGCUUACUUGGAGAAGAACAGCGAAGCGUGUCGUUUAAAGAAUGCCAUAAGAGAAGCUUCGCAUUUGAGCGGUCUGUUCGUGUGGUCGGAUGCGAUUCCAUGGCUCAAAUGUUUGGACAUUGGUGGCCACUUGAGCUCCAUGAAGAGGACUUUUCAAAAGAUUGAUUCGGUGCUAGCGAACUGGCUUGAGGAACAUGAUCAAGCUAGAUCAGAUAACAAUACUACUUCUACUGAUCAGGAGAGAGACCUCAUGGACAUUAUGUUGUCCACCAACCUUGCCGAGAAAGAUGCAAUGACCAAAUCUGGUUACAACCGAGAAACUAUCAUCAAAGCCACAGCACAGAUGCAACUAGAGAAAACGUAG